AUGGGAAUCCGUGAUCGCCACCUCGGAGUGAGCCUAUUCGGCUUCAUCUCUCUCAGCCUCCUCUCCUGUUGCUCAUCGAAGAGCGAAGAAUUCGAGCACAGUGUGUUCUUGGAACCCAACGAGCGUGUUCUCUUGUCUUGGACGGUCCGCGAGGAAUUCAUCACGUUCGAGGUGACUGCGAGGACUCUGGGCUACGUGGGAAUCGGCUUCUCUGCUAACGGACGCAUGGAUGGAGCCGAUUUCAUGCUUGGAUGGGUCACCAAUGGCAUCCCCUACAUACAGGUGGAUUGGGACACGGUGCCCGAUGUGAUCGAGUUUCUCCCCUUCGUUUCCCCUCUGCUCAUCUGUGUAAAGAGCCAAGUGUUGUCGCCUGUCGCUGCCGAUUGA